AUGGCCCUCCUUCGCCAGAUAUGGACCCUCAUGUCCAAGAACUUCCGGAUACUGCUCCUGCGGCAUCCGAUCCUCGUCGCCGUCAUGGCCUUUCUCGUUCCCGUCGUCCUCUCCGCCUUCUUCAGCUUCGCCAAGAACCUCUUCGUGCCCCCGGCCACCUACGGCAUCGGAAGCUCUCACCCCGUCAAGACGCUGCCGCAAGCCUUCGACGUCGCCAAGGCAACCGACAGAACCAAGCUUGUCCUCGUCCGCACUCGCUCCCAGGAUGCCGAAAUCCAGCUGGUGCUCGACGGCAUCGCGAAGCAGACGACCGACUACGGCGCCCCGAUGACGGUCGUCUGGGUCGACGACGAGGACAAUCUCACCGUCGAGUGCCGAAGCACCCUGCGAGGCGUCACCAACUGUUUCGGUGCCCUCGUCGUGCGCUCCUCGCCUAGCCAGGGACCGGGCCUCAUCUGGAACUAUACCAUUUGGACGGAUGCGUCGCUCGCCGAGAGCCCGCUCAAGAUCAACAUUGACAGCGACGAGAAUCCCGAAGAGGUUUAUCUGCUACCCAUGCAGCGUGCCGUCGACUCCCUCAUCGCCUCCGUCAGCAGUUCGGCCCCCAGCGGCGUCCUCGCCCGCAACAGCGAGAUUCCCUUCACGAGUCUGACGCAAGAGGAGAGGGACCGUCGCGUCCGAAGGAUUUUCAACAACGCCAUCAUCAACUUCAUGGGCGUCGCCUUCGUCUCGACCGUCAUCUGGAUCACCUACCACCUGACCGGUCACAUCGCCACCGAGCGCGAGACCGGCAUGUCCCAGCUCAUCGACGCCAUGAUGCCUGUCCGGAAGCCCUGGAUGGCUCAGUCUGCUCGAAUCGUCUCGCAUCACCUCUCCUUUUCCGCCAUCUACGCUCCAGCCUGGGUGUUUGGAGCCGCCAUCCUGCGUUUUGGCGUCUUCGUCAACACGAGCCUUGCCAUCAUUCUCCUCUUGGAGAUCCUCGCCGGUCUUGCCUUUGCUUCCCUGUCCAUUUUCAUCGCCUCCUUCUUCCGAAAGGCCCAGCUGAGCAGCAUCACCGCCAUCCUCACCACCCUCCUCCUCGCCAUCCUGGCGCAGUCUCUCACCCAGCCCACCACCGUACCUGUCGUCGUUCUCUCCAUGCUCUUCCCUCCGUGCGCGUACGUGUACUUCAUCACCCUCAUGGCACGGUUCGAGAAGCAGAACAUGGCCACCAGCCUCGUCCAAACCCCCCCGGACAGUCCCUGGUCUGUACCCGGCAUAGUCUUAUGGGUCUUUCUCGCCCUGCAGAUCCUCCUGUACCCGCUUCUCGCCGCCUACAUAGAAAAGUUUCUCUACGGCACCGCCAUCAAAGGGCGCACCGUCCAGAUGAGCGAUGGCCGGGGCGGCGGUUUGGGCGAGGACGCCGUCCAGCUGAACAAGUUCACCAAGAUUUACUACCCGGGCAAAUUUGCACGCCUCCGCUCCCGCUUCAGGUCGGCCAAAAAUCACGCCCAACCGGUCGUCGCCGUCGACGAGCUGACCUUGAAGGCCGGAAGGGGCCAAAUCGUCGCUCUCCUCGGCGCCAACGGCAGCGGCAAAAGCACAACGCUGGACGCCAUCGCCGGUUUGCAUCGCCUGACAAGCGGAUCCAUCACCAUAGACGGCACCAGCGGCCUCGGCAUCGCGCCCCAGAGGAAUGUGUUGUGGGACGACCUCGGCGUGGAGGAGCAUUUGACCAUCUUCAACCGCUUGAAGUUGCCCCAGAACCGGGCCUCGCAGGAGGAGAUUGUCGAUCUGAUCAAAUCCAUCGACCUGCUCCCCAAGCGCAAGUCGCUUGCCAAGACCCUUUCGGGCGGGCAGAAACGCAAGCUGCAGCUCGGAAUGAUGCUGACGGGCGGGAGCGCCGUGUGCUGCGUCGAUGAAGUCAGCAGCGGCCUCGAUCCCUUGUCGCGUAGAAAGAUAUGGGACAUUCUCCUGAACGAGCGCGGCAAGCGGACUCUCAUCCUGACGACUCAUUUCCUCGACGAGGCUGAUCUGUUGGCCGAUCACAUUGCCAUCCUGUCCAAGGGCACCCUUCGCGCCGAGGGCUCGUCCGUUGAGCUGAAGCAGAAAUAUGGCGGAGGAUACCGAGUCCACCUCGGCAAGAACCGAGACACGCCGACGACACCGGACGUCCCUGGAGUCACCAAGAGGGAGGCGUUCGAAUCCAUCACGUACGUAGCUCCCACCAGCGCACUGGCGGCCCAGGUCAUCAGGACGGUAGAGUCCGCUGGCCUCACCGACUACCGCUUCUCGGGGCCGACCAUAGAGGACGUCUUCCUCGAGCUUGCGGAGGAGAUCAAGAAUGAUCCGGCCUUUCGAGGCAUCGAGAACAAGCUGGCCGUCGCCGAAAAGAUUGGUGACCGGGAGGACUCGUCCCGCACCAGUGAUGACCCAAGUCUCAAGCUUAUGGACGGCAAGCGAGUCGACUACUACAAGCAGGCCGUUAUUCUUUUCCGGAAGCGCAUGACUAUCUUCAAGAAGAACUGGUUCAUCUACGCCAUAGCCUUUGCAUUGCCCAUCAUCGCUGCUGCGCUCACCGCACUGUACGUUAAAGACAAGAGGCAAUUGGGAUGUUCGGCCUUGGACCAGACCUCCUCCUGGGGCACCGAGGACGCAUUCAGCCAGAUCAAGGAUAAGCGCAGCGUCAUGUUUCUCGCCGGACCAUCAUCCCGCCUGAAUACCCCCAUGAUCACGAGCCUGUUUCUUCCCAUCUUCUCUGGCUCUGGCAGCAUCGGCGCUCUCGGCCAGGCCGCCGUCAACAAUACGCACCUCGUCGACACCUACGAUGAGUUCACGCAGUUCAUCACCGACAACCGCAAGAAUCUCACCACCGGUGUCUGGCUCGGCGACGACAGCAGCCCGCCGACCGUUGCUUGGGUGGCCAACCUUUUUGUCACCAGCCCCAUCUUGGCACAGCAGUUUCUCGACGUGAUUCUGACAAACACCUCCAUCGGGACCACCUGGUCGGCCUUUGACAUCCCCUUCAAUCCAGGCAUCGGCGACGCCCUCAAUCUCGUCAUCUACAUGUGCAUCGCUUUGGCCUGUUAUCCCGCCUUCUUCGGCCUCUACCCGAGCGCCGAGCGCCGGCGCUUCGUCCGCGCCCUGCAGUUCUCCAACGGUGUGCGGCCAUUUCCGUUGUGGAUGGCCUACCUCCUUUUCGAUUUUUCCAUUGCUCUAGUCGCUUCAGCCCUCGUGACGGGUAUAUGGGCAGGCCUAUCAAGCAUCUGGUACCAUCUCGAAUACGUCUUUGUCAUCCUGUUUCUGUACGGGCUGGCGUCGAUCCUGCUCGCCUACUUCGUUUCCCUGUUUGCCAAGUCGCAGCUGGCUUCUCUCGCCUGGGCCACCGGUUACCAGGCUGUCAUGUUCCUCGGUUACCUCAUCACCUACGUCUGCGUCAUCACCUACGUCAGCGUCAACAAGAUAGACUCAACCCUGCUCCUGGCUCACUUCAUCUUUUCGGCCUUCGCACCCAUCGGCUCUGCCAUGAGGGCCCUCUUCAUCUCGACGAACCUCUUCUCGACAGCUUGCAACGGCCAGCGGAUCUCCGAAACCCCGGCGAGCUUUACCAUGUACGGCGGCCCCAUCACGUACUUGAUCAUCCAGUGUUUCCUCCUCUUUGGUCUCGUCCUCUGGUUCGACAGCGGCUCUGUCGGCUCCACCGUCCGCCCCCUCUUCCAGCGUCGCGAUAAAAAAAGAGCAGGGGUCAACGACGACAUCGACGAAGCGAUGGCCAACGAGCUGACGCGCGUCACCAGCACCGGCAUCCACGAGGAUGGUCUGCGGGUGAUGCACUUGACCAAGUCUUUCGGCAAGAACACGGCUGUCGACAACAUCACAUUCGGCAUCAAGCGAGGUGAAGUGUUCGCACUUCUGGGGCCCAACGGCGCCGGCAAGUCAACAACCAUAUCUCUGAUCCGCGGCGAUUUGAAGCCCAGCCGCCGCGGAGGAGAUAUUUACGUCGAGGACAAGUCGGUGACCAAGAAUCUCGCUGCCGCAAGAGCACACCUCGGCGUGUGUCCCCAGGUUGAUGCCAUCGACCAGAUGACGGUCCGCGAACACCUAGAGUUCUACGCCCGCAUCCGAGGAAUCGCCGAUACGAACCACCAGGUCUCGGCCGUGCUCCGCGCCGUCGGUCUAGAGCCGUUCGAGACACGGAUGGGACACGCGCUUUCGGGGGGCAACAAGCGCAAGCUUAGCCUUGGAAUCGCUCUUAUGGGAAACCCAACUGUCGUCCUUCUCGACGAACCAUCUUCUGGCCUCGAUGCCGCCUCCAAACGCGUUAUGUGGAAGACGCUCGCGGCCACCGUCCCCGGCCGCUCCAUUCUGCUAACGACGCACAGCAUGGAGGAAGCCGACGCUCUCGCUGGCCGGGCUGGAAUUAUCGCUCGUCGGAUGCUCGCCCUCGGAACGCCGGACGACCUCCGCCACCGCUUUGGCGACGCUUUGCACGUCCACCUCGUGUCUACGACGGCCCCACGCACGUCAGAUGCCGAGAUGCAGCGCAUCACUUCCUGGAUCCAGGAGGUCCUCCCGUCAGCCACCCUUGACACCAAGACAUACCACGGACAGUUGCGCUUUUCCGUCCCUGCCCGCGACGUUGCCGAUGCCCUUUCCUCCUCGGACAAGACAACCGUCGGCAACAUCGAGACUGUUGAUACCCUCGAGACUGUCGAUACCCUCGACCCUGACCCCGGCGUCAUGCACGACCGCCCCGCCGAGGCCGCUUCCGCGAGCCACGACGGCGCGGCCAUCGGCCAGCUCGUCGGCCUGCUCGAGGAGCAUAAAGUCCAGCUAGGAGUGCAGUACAGCGUCAGUCCAACCACGCUUGAUCAGGUAUUCUUGACCAUCGUCGGCAGGCACAACGUGCGUGAGGAAAAUUACGAGGAGAAGAGGCAGAAAGCUUGGUCCAAGCUGUGGUGCUUGGGCCGCUCGUAG